GAGAAUUGAAAAUGUAGAGAAGAAGGCAAAUCCAUAUAUCUUCUUCCAUUAACUAGGGAGGAAUAGAGAGAAUUUUGAAUUUCGUUGUGAUUAGAUCCAAGCGAGGAAAUAAGGGUUAAUUACUACAUAACCCGAUCAUCGAAAUGGCUGGGGUUAUGAUAAUGGUGUUGCUCUGCCUCUCUGCAGGGACCAUGUUGGGAGUCCAGGGUGAAGACCCCUACUUGUUUUUCACAUGGAAUGUCACCUAUGGUACCCGCUCUCCUCUGGGAGUUCCUCAGCAAGUCAUUCUAAUUAACGAUCAAUUUCCAGGUCCCAACAUCAACUCUACCUCCAACAACAACAUCGUCCUCAAUGUCUUCAAUAACCUUGAUGAGCCCUUCCUUCUGACAUGGAGCGGCGUCCAACAAAGGAAGAACUCAUGGCAAGAUGGAGUGCUUGGGACCAACUGCCCAAUCCUCCCGGGAACCAACUUCACCUACCACUUCCAGGUUAAGGACCAGAUUGGUAGCUACAUCUACUACCCGACCACAGGCAUGCACCGUGCAGCUGGAGGUUUUGGCGGCCUUCGCAUCAACAGCCGCCUACUCAUCCCUGUACCUUAUGCUGAUCCCGAGGAUGACUACACCGUCAUACUUAAUGACUGGUAUACCAGCAGUCAUGCCACUCUCAGGAAAUACUUGGAUGACGGCCGCUCUCUUGCAAGGCCUACUGGUGUCCUUAUCAAUGGCAAAAACGCCAAGGGAGAUGGCAAGGAUGAGCCUCUCUUCACAAUGAAGCCUGGAAAAACUUACAAGUACAGGAUCUGCAAUGCUGGGAUCAAGAAUACUCUCAAUUUCAGGAUCCAAGGCCAUACAAUGAAGCUUGUGGAGAUGGAGGGAUCCCAUGUGGUGCAAAACGUGUAUGAGGCACUCGAUGUCCAUGUUGGACAAUGCUUCAGUGUCCUCGUGACAGCGAACCAAGCUCCCAAAGACUACUACAUGGUAACUACCACCCGAUUCAAUAAACAGAUUCUCACCGCCAAGGGCAUCAUUCGUUACACCAACGGCAAGGGUCCAGCAUCACCUGAGCUCCCUGAGGCACCAGUUGGAUGGGCUUGGUCUCUCAAUCAAUUCCGUUCCUUCCGCUGGAACCUUACAGCCAGUGCUGCUAGGCCUAACCCUCAAGGCUCUUACCACUACGGUUCCAUCAACAUCACCCGCACCAUUAAGCUCGUAAACUCAGCUAGCCGAGAAGGUGGCAAGCUUCGCUAUGCCCUCAAUGGCGUCUCUCACGUUGAUCCAGAGACACCUCUCAAAAUUGCUGAGUACUAUGGGAUUGCAGACAAGGUGUUCAAAUAUAACACCAUCAAGGACAUGCCAUCAGCUAAGAUUGGUAAGGUUGUCACACAACCCAAUGUCCUCAACCAAACCUUCCGCAACUUUGUUGAAAUAAUCUUCGAGAACCACGAGAAGAGCAUGCAAUCAUACCAUUUGGAUGGUUAUUCCUUCUUUGCGGUCGCUAUUGAGCCUGGCACUUGGACCCCUGAGAAGAGGAAGAACUAUAAUCUCCUUGAUGCAGUGAGCAGGACUACUAUCCAGGUCUUUCCCAAAUCCUGGGCUGCCAUCUUCUUAACUUUUGAUAACGCUGGGAUGUGGAACAUCAGGUCUGAGAUGUGGGAGAAAACAUACCUUGGUCAGCAGCUCUAUGUUAGUGUUCUCUCCCCUGAACUCUCUCUUAGGGAUGAGUACAACAUUCCUGACAAUGCUCUGCUCUGUGGGAAAGUCAAGGGCUUGCCCAAGCCUAAGCCAUACACCAUAUAAGUCAAACUACCUGACCCCAUUCCACCUGAUACAGUCUCGUCGAAUGGGUAGCUGUAUGAGAGAAGAGAGAAUGAUGACAGCAAAGCGGUGGUGCUCAACCAUAGAAUAAUUCUUCGCAUUGUAUGAAGUACUUAAUUGCGAACAACUUGAAGAGGGAGUAGAGGCAGGGUAAUUAAAAGAUAAAGAAAGGUUGAGGACAACCUUAAUUGUUUUGACAAUUUUAUAUUAUGAUUGUAUCAACCUUUUUUUAAAAAAAAAAACGCCAUGAUAUUUUUUUGUUGUUGUUUUUUAUUCCAAUCAUUAUAAUUUUCAUAAUAUACAUAUGUACUAGUUACUUUCCUUGCCAAAAUAAAUAUCAAUUAAUUAA